GGUACGGCGGUUCUGUCAUUGUUUUGGCAGAUAUUUGCUAUUCAGUUCAAGCAAUAGCACGUGAAAAGUGUGAUGGGUAAAACAGAAUUUGGUGUAUAAUAUGAAUAAUUACCCAACAAGUCAAGAAUUUCAUGAAAUUUUAGGUAUUAAAGAAGUAAUAAACAGGGGGUUAAGUUUCAACUUAAAGCUCUAGAGUUUAGAAAGGAUUUUUGCUUAAAAACAUGAAGUGAAGGCAGCAUAUAAAAUGAAAGCAUUUCAGUGUCAAUCAGAUAAAGUGAAUGUGAUUCACUCAUCUGCUGAGUGCCAACAAGGAAAGAAAGAAAAUUUUCAAAGAAGAAAAAAAACAAAAGAAAAAUUACCUCCAAAGCCAAAAGUGCUGAGUAAAAAGGAACAAGAAGCACAAAAUUAUAGGAGAAUUAAAGAAGCUGAGUGGCUUCGUAAAGUGAUUAUGCAACACCAGCACCAACAGCAAGAAAAGGAAGAAAGAAGGCUACAGAAAGAAGCUGAGUCCCGACAAGAGUUGGAAGAGGCCAAAUUGAAUAAUUUGCAAGAUCAAGCAGCAUUACUUAUUACCAGCUCAAAGACUAGAAACACAGGUGAUGGUUCAUGGAAUAGGAAGAAAAAUCCUUCAAAGUCAGUAAAGAGGAAAGGUUGUAAUCUAAUGGACAGAACUGAAAAGCAUGUGACUGAAGCUGAUAAGAAUAUAAAAAUAGAAUUUGUUCCCCUGAGAAGAGAAAAGAAAGAAAAACAUUACUCAAUUCCAAAUACUUCUAGUAUUUUGUGUCAAGCUGCAGAACAUCACAUGGUUGAAGACUAUACUGAUAAUAGAGCAGCCACAAAGCGGCAUCUAGAGAAUGUGUUGAGCAAAAUAAGGGAAGCAAGAAACUCCAGUGAGAUUGUGAAUGAGGAGCUUGAAAACUGGAAUAAUGAUGACAGUGUUUGUCCUAUUUCUGUUUCUCCUUCGUGUAUGGAUCAGAUGGGUUGCUUUUUAGAACUGAUAAAUCAUCCAAGUGAGAAAAUAUUUAGGUUGAAUCCAUCCCAGAAGGAAUUGGAGAGAGAAAAUGCAAUCAAAAAGCAACAAGAACGUGAAAGAAAAAUGAACAUGAAUGAUCAUAUGGAGAUUCAAGCUCUUGAAGCAUAUAAUCGCAGGACGAAUUUAAUGAAUCAGAGGUUGGAAGAACAGAACAAACAAAACUAUAGAGGAAAAAACUUAUUAGGUCAUCAGAGUCAGAAUAUAAAAGGCCAGCAGAACAAGUUUUUAACACGGAAGCAGAAUGAGCAAACAAAGGCUGGAAGAACGAAGAGUUUGAAAGAAGAUGAGAAGGGACAGUUUCGCUUGGAUAGUGGUUUGGAUGCUUUAGAAGAGAUUGAUGUUGAGGACUGCCACUUUAAGGAGGAGGAAAAAGGUACAAUUGGUAGGAAUGAAACAACUCAACACUUUCAGAGGACAGAUACACCAGUUCCUUGUAUCAACAUUUGGGAAAAAAGGAAAGAAAAACAAAAUGCUCUCCAAAAUAUUAUUCAAUUCCGUGCUGAUGAUAGGAAUGUAAUGUUACAAAAGGCUACAGAAUUGAGCAAAGUCCAGGCAAUGGAGGAUGAAUGUCAUAGAUUUGAGAGACUGAAAUUAGAGAGCAAAGAAGAAUUCAAUGAUAGGGUGCAAAAUAGUGAUGCUGAAGAUCAGUAUGAAGUGAGUUUUUGUGAAAAUAGACAGAGUUCAGCUGAUUUAGGAAGUAAUAAAACAAACUCUAGUAUAGUCACAUAUAACAAAACUACAUACUCUGAUGGCACUAACAUUUCUAGGAUAGAAAAACAAAGAAUUACUAAAGGGGUUGAGCUGGAACAACAGUUUUUUGUUCCUUCUGAUGAAUUUAUGAAUAGGCAAAAUGCUAAACUUGACAAAUGGAAGAACAAUACCGUAUCUCACCUUUCAUGUGUUCUGAAUGAAGAAGAAAAUCAGUUGCAUCCUUCAUCCUAUGAGAUUUCUGAAGCAGAUGAUACUCAAAACACACUUAAAAAGUUUGAUGUGUGCUCAGUUUCAAAGAAUCCAAAAAAUAGAUACUCAACUCAAUUAGACUUGAAAGAACAAAGUUCAAGAAAUAGUAUGGUAGAAGCUAAGAUGAUUUCUGGAAAUGGGUUUUUACAGAAGGAACAUAUUGCAUGUGCAUCUGUUGAAGAUAAAAUUUCCUCAGAUUUAAUGGAUGCUCAGAGAAAUUCAUUCUUAUUAGAUACCUCAUUAGAACAAGCAGCUUCUCUUGGAAUUGUACAGAAAGAAGCUGUACACCCAUACAGAAAGCUACUUUCUAGUGACACUUGUUCUAUUCAUGAUGCAAAAAAAGUGGAAAAAUUUCACCAGAAUAUGCAGUUUCCAGUUGGUGUCAAUAUUGUUCAAGGAGAAGAAAAGUUCAAAGAGAUGGGAAGUUUUAAAACCAACAUUUCUGAUAUAGGUUUAGAUGUACCAGUGACUAACCCAUAUUUUGAGAGUGGAUCUUGUAUACCAUUUUCAUCCCAAUCAGGAUGGGAAAAUUUUAGCAUGAUGGGCCAACAGUAUCUCCAGAACCAGCUGUUCUUGGAGAUUGCUAUGAGGUGUUUUCUCUUAAAUCAGAUUCCUUAUGUACAAGCACAUCAGGCAAUGCCUCCCAAUAUUGUCUCACUCCAUAACUUGUUCCCACAGGUAUUGAAUAAUCAAGAGGUGGGAAACCAGUGGGUUAAAGGAAACUCCCAUACUUCAUUAUUAAGUCCAUACCAGUCAAAUGAUAUUCCACCUACUGAUACCUCUGUUGUUAAACCAAAAGUGCAACCAGUUGUUGAGCAUUUGCAUCAGAUACCUGAUGAUGAUAAGAUGUUUAAUGCUUCUUCAUCACCACCUGGGUUUGGAAAGAAUAUGGGUGUUUUAGUAAAUAAAAUACACUUCUCUAGAGGUACAGUGGAGAGUGAAAUGCAAAACAAAACUUCAGAAGCAAUUUUAUCUGAACAGCGUAGAAAAAGUAAUUUUAAUUUAGAACAGAUUAAUUCACAAACUCAAGAGGAAAUUAUGAAAGAAGAUAUUUUUCACAAUUCUAAAAAUUCUAAUUUUCCAUCACAACCAGCUUUUGCUAAUGCACUCGGACAAUUCAAAGGACGUGGGAGAGCAAGAUUAUCAAAGAAUGUAGAAAUUAAGCAAAAAUUGAGAAAUCCUGGAUCUGAUAGUUUCAAUUUGUCUUCUCAUGCUUUCUCGUCCUGUAAUAGAUUAAUUACAGAAGAAAAUAUUUCAGCCUUUAACCUGGAGAAGCAAGAUCGAUCUUUGAUAGAUAGAAAAGCUAAUUGUCCACUGCCUCAAGGUAAUGUUUCGAAGAAAGAAACUCGAGCAGCAAGAGUUCCUGAAAUACAGCAGCAACUUGUAGAAGCAGUUCCAGCACCACCAAGAAACCCUCGGCUUUUAGUAAGAUGGCAAAAAGAACUACAACUUAAUGCCAGAGCUUUAGCAUCACAAAAAUACAGAUGUUAUCAAGAAAACAUCCAAAAUUUCUAAUUAGAAAUUAUGACCAUUUUCAUUAUUAGCUUUAUAAAUAAUGGCCAGAAGAAGUCAUUGAUAAUUUUUUAUCUUGUUUUUUAAUUCUCAUUUCUUUUAUUUUGAGAGAUACUCAGAUAUUUUUGAUUAAAAAUCAUGGUUUAUUUUUUCCUGUAUUGUUUUUCAUUUCAUGGUAGAAAUGUGUUGGGUGUUUCAAAAGUCACAUACAGUCAUUUGGUGUGUUGGAAUAACAUUAUGGUCACACUUGGAACAAAAACAAUUCUCAAAAAUCAUAAUCAAACAGUUUUAAACAAAUCAUUUCAAUGUUUAUAUAGUCUUCUGCAUGAUCAAAUUGGUCUUCACACAGACUUUCACAACAUUGUGUCCUUGGAUGUCUAAAUACAGCCAUCUCAAUAGUAGAAGUGACUUUUUAAACACUCAGUAUUUUAGAUUAACUAGCAAUCCACUUGUGAUUUUUUUACUGGGUAUUUGUACAUUUUUUUGUUGUUUUUAUAAAUCUCUUAAUCAUACCCACCUGCAUGAAGUCAUAGAUUUAUCAUUGUAUGUAUCACUGUCACAUAAAAUAAUACUGGUUUUACAGUAUCAGUGUGUAAGACAAUAGUUUCACUGUAUGGUAAUGUUUUGUACAGUUUUUUAAAUGAAGAUAGCAAACAGCUGUUUAUGUUUAAUUAGAUAUUAUUAUUAAUGAGUCUAUCUCUAAACAAAGUUCAUAUUAUUUUUAUAUAAUAAAUGUCAGAAAUUUACUUCAGUAUGUUGUUUAAAAGUUAUUUUUUUGACACAUUUAUUCAGAUCUAAUGUGUUUCACAAUUUAUCAUAAGAUUAUGAAAAACAUGUUUCCCUGUAAAGAUAGGUUUACCUCUUUUUGAACAGCAUUAACAUAGUCUUAAGUUUAUCUUAAUAACAUUUUCAUUCCUUUUAUCAUAAGGUGAAGAUUUCUUUGCUUCCAGACUUUCCAAAACAAGAAAGUUUUGCUAUAAAAUAUUUGGACCACUUUGUGAUAUAUAAAGGUACACUAUAGGUCAAAAGUUUGAAAGCAAAAAAUGAUGUACAGAGGGACUGGGCUGAAUAUAUUGUUAUUUUUCAUCACUAAUUCCUGGACUACUAGAGUAUUUGUCUUCCUGAACAAACAACUGUCUUUUUAAAAAAAGGUAUUGGAGACAUUGAUGAAGAAGUUGUUUUAUAAGUUUACUGGCAGCUCAGUGUGUACAACUGUGAGGAUGUUUAUUGCCUGAUAUGGGGUAAAAGGUUGACACAUUUACCUGUUUGUAUAUGCAAAACGGUAAGAAUGUAGAAGAAUGAACAAUAUUGUACUCACCCCCAUGUAUAUCAGUUGAUGCUUCCAAACUUUUGACCUGCAGUUUAUUUGUUGUAAGAACUAAACAUGGCAGUAUAUGCAAAUAUUGUGAUACUUUAUGUUGAUAUGGUAAAGAUAUUCAUGUGAUUAGUUACAUUGUAGUGAUGUACUAACAGAAUGUGAAAGGAUGUCAAUUUAUUAUAUUUAAUGCAGGUGAUAGGUAAAGUUCUUAUAGGCCUCAUCUUCUCUAGUGUAUGAUUGUGAAAAUUGCGUUCUGUGCACAAACCAAAAAAAUGAGUUAUUAGUGUAAUUACUGUAAUAUAACCUAAGUUUAUGUUUUUGUAUAUUCAGUCCUUUUUAUUUUUUGUCUUUGAAAACUAAUUGCACACUUUAAAUAAUACAUUAAUUUCAGAUCCCAGUUUUGGUUUUUUGCUAGUACUAAAGUGCCAAUUAUGAAUGGAUACAAAACAACAAAGAAGGAGUGAAGAUGGUUAAACAUAUAGAUUAAUGUGUCUUAUAAUGAGAAGAAUAGUCUGGGUUGAUUAAGUACAUAGUUUAAGGUAUAAUAAUUGAUUGUUUAUAAGAUAGUUACUACUAUGUUACUUGGCUUCAAACAAUUUUUAUGUUCUGCUAGAUGAGAAGUUUACCAGCUUCUUUCUUUACAACGUUGUAUUUGAAGUAGAAAAUUACUCCAAAACAGCUGUAAAUGUUAUUUUUUUUACAAGACUUGUAUAAAAACCAUUUAAAUUGAAAUAACUCAAUUGUUUAAGCACAGUUAUAAAUGUCUUGGUCCAUACCAUCCUUGUUUCUUCUAACAUAGCACUUAGAUCCAUCUUGAGGUAUGAAUGCAUAAUAUAAGCCAACUGAGUUUUGUUAAAAAUUCCUGCUACCUUAUAAUAGAAGUAAGGAUUCUCAAAGUUUCUCCAUUGAACUGUUAUGCAGGAUUUGUGUAUUAUAUAUUGUUAUUAAGAUUGCUCAAUCUGGAGACAUUUGUUGGGGACUUUAUUUUAUUGUUUGGCUUAUUAGAUUGAUUAAUUUGAUAUCAAACUUUUACUUGUAUAGAACAUUAAAAUGCACACUGGUCAUGAAAGGUUUAAACCUUGAAUAAUUUAACAAAUUUAUAUUAUGUUAUUUUGUCAGUGGUCUUCUGAUAUUUAUAAUGUUAUGGUAUCCAAUGGAAAUUUAAAAAGAUAUAUUAUUACGAGGAGAUAAAAAAUAUAGAUUUGAUCAACUUAUUGAAAACUUAGAUAUCAUUUAUUGGAUUUUUUGUAUUCAACAAACUGUUGGGUAGUUUUCAAAACAACAUUGUUAUGGGAGAAGUAUUAGAGACAGCGUUUAAGAAGACCUUCAAUACUUGCCUUUAGGAAGAUCCUAUAAAAGAGAUUUAAGCUUUCAAUAGGAUUUUGCAUUACAUAUUUUUUGUCUCCUCAUCACUAAUGAACACAAUAUAAUGCUGUUAUUAAGUAACAGAUUACCAUGGUUUGCCUGAAUGCAUGGCCAUUGGCCAAGUUUACUUUAUAUUGUAUUAGGUUGUCAUUAUGUGUUUUCUUCUAAAACUUUAGCUUGUUUGUUAAACAUUUUCUUUAUGGAAACAGAAAUAUUAUCCUAAUAACAAUGAUUUAUAGCAAACUGUCUUAAAUAUACAAAGUUGUAUAUAGCAAGAGACAGUUAAAUAAAAACAUUUAAUAUUUUGGUCUGUAUUAGUUCAAUUUAUUGAUUACUUUCCCUAUGAAAGGUUCUUUCUCCAAUGGGUAUAAUUCAACUAGGCCAAAGCUAUGUUAACUUUUGUUUUAGUUUCAUUUUUUCAUUACCAAAGAUUUUACAACAGAUGAACAGUUCCAAUUUAGUUAUGUUCAUUGACUCAGUACUUUUGACAGUAUGAUUAUUUUGUAAACUACUGUGUUAUUAAUGUGUGAUUUUAUUUGAAGGUUAAAAAAGCUAAUAGUAAAUAUGAUCUAUUAGAUUGUAACACCCAUAAAGUGCUUACUUGUAUUAAGUAACUAUUUUGAACUCAAAAUGAAGCAGGAUUUUUGUUUGUUUGUUACUAAACUACUUUUUUGCAUAUAAACCUGAUCAAUGAAGAAGAAAAUUCAAUAUAUUUUCUUCCAGAUACACUCAG